AUGUCGUUGGACGAGUUGAAACAGCAACGGGCUAGCACCAAGAAAAAUAUUACGCGGAUUAAAAAUAUCGUUGACGCCAGUUUGCGGCAAGGUGGAAAGAUCCUUUCAGCUGCCGAAUACAAAUGUCGGUUGGGCAUCCUUGAGUCAUAUUUUAAGCAGAUUCUCUCAAUUCAAACCGACAUCGAAAGAUUGGACGCUGAGGAUGGAGGACGCGCUGAUCUGGAGGAUCUCUACAUCACAACUAAACUGGUUAUUCAAUCGCAGCUGGCAGAAGAUAACAACGUUUCGCUUUCGGAUACAACCUGCGUAGUACAAUCAACUUCAAAACUUCCACGGCUCAAGCUUCCAAUCUUUGACGGCAAGUAUUCGAAUUACCGGAACUUUAUUACCUCUUUCAAACAAAUAAUUGAUCGCGAGUUCAAUUUAACAAAUAUUGAAAAAUUAAAUAAUUCGCGAAAUUGUCUCCAAAGCCAAGCUUUAGAAACUGAGGACGCGUUCCAGGUGACAAACGAAAACUAUCCAAAGGCUUUAGAGCGGCUUAAGGUACGGUAUGACAACAAAACACUAAUUUUUUGGGAAGGUAUAUCAUCAUUAUUUGAUUUGCCAGCGGUUACGAAACCAAACGGCAUUCAGCUUAGAAGUCUAAUUGAUAAGGUUUCAGCUAUUUAUGGUUCGUUGACGUCGUUAGGUAGUGACAGGCAAAUAUCCCAAGCUAUGCUCAUUUAUAUGGUUUUACAGAAAUCUGAUAAACAGACCAACAUAAAAUGGAAGGAAUCGCUAGACUUUAAAACUCUGCUGUCAUGA